AUGGAAAAAACGCCUUCAAUGACGAGAUUUAAUAUUAACGAGAAAUUUCUAUACGUUAAAGUGUUCUGGCAACCAAAUGAAAAUGACUUAUUCAACAUAAAAAUGUAUGACGGUAAAAAAGCGUGGUCAGGCAGGUUUUCUUAUGAAUUUGCGAGAAAGUACCAAGAAAGGUUAGACGAAACCGAAGAAAAGUAUCAGGCUAACGUAAAAGAAGCCUUACGUAAAGAUCCUAAAUUUAUUUAUAGUUUCACUUUGAUACCGGACGACAAUACUUCUGCAACAUUUAGCUGGAAGAAGAAAAUCAAAGGAACGGACACAGUAGUUCACGGCUGUGUCCCAGUCCAUCGUGAUGACACUAAAGAAACCAGAGCAUUUAUACUGGACUUUUUAUUAGCAGAAAAUCAAGAUCUCAGAAAAACUGUAGAGUCCGUCAACAUGAGAAACGCGGAACUGGCCGCUAAUUUAGAUAAGUGCAAAAAAGACUUGGAUAAGUUUGUGGGAAUUAAAACGUCUUUAGAAUUGAGCUUUUACGACAAAUUUGAGCAACUUUUGAAUGCAAAGAAGAAAAGAAUGCGGUUGUUGGAGAUAACUCCACACGAUGCCACCACGAACGUAAACAACAUUGAGGAAGAAAUAAUCUAA